UUGGAAUGAUGAUGGGUCCGCUUCUUGGUUCUGCAUUGUAUGCAAUUGGAGGUUUCCAGCUUCCAUUUUACGUAACAGGAGGAGCUCUCUUCCUCCUCACUUUCUUUGCAUUUGCAACUUUGCCUAGCAAAGAAAACUUCGCCCCUGAUAUGAGGUGGUCGCCGAACUCUGGAAUUGUCAAGAACGAGCUCACUUAUCUUGAAUGUCUCAAAAACUUGAGAGUUGUAAUGAUCAGUUCAAUCGUGGUCUUGAGUCUUCUGCAGCUAACUUUCAGGGAACCAGUUUUGCAAUUUAGACUUAUCGAUUUGGGAAUAAAUCCAUCAUAUGCAGGUCUCAUCUUUGCUCUAGAUUUAGUUGGAUAUAUUGGCGUGUCAGUUGUUUUCAGCAGAAUUCCAAAAGAGAAGAAAAAUUUAAAUUUCUUGGUAUAUCUAAGCAUGCUGAUUGCAGUGGUUGGUCUGUUCUUUGUUGGAACAAUUCAUGUUCUUGGAGUACCUGACAGCUUGAUUCCUCUGAUCAUUGGUAUUAUCAUUAACGGAACAGCUGGUGCUCUCUGUAUUAACAACAGUGUAGCUGCAAUGAUCAAUAUCCUGAAUAUUGACUAUCACCGUAGAGGAGAAUUAGUGAACAACAUUGCUUCAGGAAUAUUUGCUGCUUGUUUCUCAAUGGGAGAAAUGUUGGGACCUAUUUGUGGAUCAGUACUCACAUCAAUCACUGGAGGAUUCACUCAUGGGAUUACUGUGGUCAACAUUGCGGUUGUUGUCAUGACAGUUCUUACCACCUAUCACUUGGCUGGGGAUGUCCUCUUCUGUCUUGAUAAGCAAGAAUACGGAAAGUUUGGCAGAGUUCCAGGCAAAGAUAAGAUGGCCUAUAUCAAAAAUGUUCCUGGAGAAGGAGAUUAUCACAAACUUGAAGAUGAAGAAGAGCUCCUUGAAUUUGAAGUCAAAGGUGUAGAUGGAGAGAAGGAAGGUGAACAGAAGAAAUAAGCAUGCUUUU